AUGAAGGGUUACAACAUGCGACACAGGGCAACAGGCAAGGGACGCACAGUCUGUGGUGGAAAGUAUCUAGACAUAGCCAAGUAUACGAAACUAACACAGCUCAAUAUUCCUCAACACACAACGCGAUAUUCGAUACCUUUGCCUUCAAUGUUGUUUAAAUUCUCUUGGCCCCUCGCUGUACUUAACACCCAAAUGAUACGGACUGUCAGGUCUGGCUCUUUACUUGAGAAUGCCAAGGUCUUGCUCAUUGUCUGCCAGGAACGGGUCCGGUACUAG